AUGGACUUCGUGUUCGACGACAGGACGCGCUGCGACGAGCUGCGCGAGCCUGGUGUCGUCAGUAUCAUCCUCUCCCUUAUCAUUCUUAUCGGUCUCCUGAUCUCCUACCUUCCGCAACACUACCGCAUCAUUUCCCGCGGCACCUCCGAGGGCAUCUCCCCAUACUUUGUGCUGCUCGGCGUAACCUCUGCGACCUCUGGCUUCGCCAACAUCCUCACCCUCCCCCAGUCGCGCCAAGAUGUCGGCUGUUGCAAGGAGCUCGAUACCUUCCACUGCAUGGCAGGCCUCCUAGGCAUCGCGCAGUUGGGAGUGCAGUGGAUAUGCUUCUCCUUCAUCUUGAUACUCUUCCUGGUCUUCUUUCGCCAUGACGACACCGCCGUCCCCGAGGUGGAGCUGCAAGACGACCAGCCGCAGUGGCAGACCGCUCUCACCGUCGGGUCGCUCUGCAUAGUCCAUGGACUUGUGGUCAUCAUCAUAUCUGCCAUCUUCGCGACUAUCUUCCCUCAACACUUGUCUAUCUGGGCCAACGCGCUAGGACUCAUGGCUGCUAUCCUCGCAGCUAUUCAGUACUUGCCCCAGAUAUACACCACCUACCACCUUAAGCACGUCGGCAGUCUCAGCAUACCCAUGAUGUGCAUCCAGACGCCCGGAGGGUUCCUCUUUGCCUUCAGCCUCUGGACUCGGCUGGGAUGGUCUGGCUGGAGCUCGUGGGGCAUAUUCCUGCUAACUGCCUUGAUGCAAGGCAUUCUGCUGUCCAUGGCAAUCUGGUACGAGCUGAAGCGCAGAGCGCCGGAGGCUCCUGUGCCCGCGUCGCCCAAGCCCGACAGCCUUCCGUCCCGCCGUAGGCCCAUUGUGCUGCCCAGCCGCUUGGACGAUAACACCCCGAGUCGGUACAGUGCUCACCCGGAACACUACGGCACCACGCCGGACGAGAUAUCGGACAUUAUCGAGCGACAGGACGGAGAUGCCGCUACCGAGACACAGCCAUUGCUCCGACCUGGAGGAAUCGGGGACCCGCGGAGGAAUCGCAAACAGCGACGGGGCUAG